UAAGAGCAGAGAGAGCAGCUGAAGGACACACACAUCUGAGCUGUGAAGAUGAUGAAGAUGAUGAAGCCUCUGCUGGGCUUGUGUUGGGCUCUGGUUCUGGUUCUGGUGCUGGUUCUGACUGGAAGAAGCUCCGCACAGAUGCCACAUCGAUGCCGGACGCCAGCGCUGCUGUCCGGCAGUAUGAGCGUGAGCGCUCGGGAAGGCCAGGACUGGGUGUUGGCCAAAUAUCGUUACGAUGCUAUCGGCCAGCGCAUCAGAUUAUGGGAGUUCGGUCAGGUUCAGAGUAAAUCGUUCCACGCAGACAUGCUGUUCCUGUUCCGAGAGGCCGUGGUCUACAGCAUCGACUAUAAGAACCGCACGUGUCAGAAGAACCCUCUCCACACAGCCUUCCACCCCUCACACAUUCCCCACAACGCCUCGCUGCUGUCACAGGUGAUUCUGGGAGGUUCGUCAGCUCCAGGUGAGGGUCUGCUGGUCAACACCUGGACGGGGGACGUCCCUGCAACCGCAGGUAAAUAUUUGGCCACAGUCACAGAGUUCGGAUGCAUCCCGGUGUCCACGCUCUACUACACUCCUAAAACGGGCUGGAUCCUCACCACAUAUUUCAAUGCGGUGACGGGGAUCGAGGACCCGGAGCAGUUCUUUCCUCCUCCUUUCUGUGCUCAUGCAGACACUAAAGAGGAGCAGCUCGACUUCUUCAGCGCCUUUUACUGAACUGACCUGCCUCACACACUCUUACACUCCUUUAUCAUGAUUUAACAGCUCUGAAGCAAUGCUCUUUGUUUUAAAUGCUGUUGCUGGUCUUUGUGAUUUGUGCACCUAAUGUAUGUACAGUCAAAGGCACUUUAAUCAUUUACAAAAGGGAAAUAAACGUUUUUUUUUUUUCUCAAACAC